UCCACGGUUUUCCUGCCUCUGGGAGUCCCGUCGCGAGGCUGUAAACAUAUUUCUCGUGUUGCUGUGUAGCCCUUGCUCACCCGAGUGUCUUGUUACUAAGCCAGCUGUUCCCAUAAAGCCGAUAUUUUUGUUGUACCUGCGCUGCCCGCUGGCCACGUGCGGCAGUUGAGCUUCUGAAAUGCGAGUCCCUAACGGCCUGGGCGGUGAGGGUAAAAACACGGCCUUCAAAGACUUAAAGCAGAGAAAAUGUCAGGUGAUUAGUUAGGAACCUUCAACUCUUGAGCGCACGUUGAAGUGAUGCUUGAAUAUAUUGGAUUAAAUAAAAUGUCUUUUUUUAGUGUGGCCUUAGGAAUUUAGGUUUUCUUAAACCUAGCUCAGUUUUCUUUUGGACUGCAGUGUGUCACACCGUUUCUGCUGUCAUGCAGCUACUGCUACAGUUUUUUAGUUGUUCUUACAUGUGUAAGGCAUUCCUGUAUAUUACACACGUUCUGUUAGCCUUCAGGUUUCUUGCCAGAAAGCAUUUGAGACAUUCGUUAGCAUUUAAAGAUAGUUUUAGAGGAUUUAAUCUGUUCUGUGGAAUGCUUUUUCGUUCUAAACUGCUGCAGAACAGCAAAUAUUUUGCUAUGAUAUCUAAAGGCAGUCAUGCCUGCGUUACACCAUUUAGGCCUAGAUUUAAAUUUUUUCUUUAAAUAGUAAGUUGAAUCAAUAUUCUGGGAACUCUGGCAGUACUUUCUGCUUUGGUUGUAGUUGGGUUUAGACGUAAUGCUUCGUGUCCCAGACCGAGUUUGAGCUCUGUCGCCAGAGGACCAGGUAGGGGUGAGUUGGUUGUUCUUCACGGGAUGAGCUAAAGAUGUGAGUAGGCUUUAAGGUCUGUAACGUCGAGCGUUCGGCCUGGCGGCUUAGCCAGUCAGAUCUGUGUGAUGGGGAGCUUUCGUAGCGCUCAAGAUUUGUCCCGGUGCUUGCUUUUCUUGGGGACUUUUAUAUAAGUAUUUGCCCCAGUGACUAGUCAGCAAAACUGGAUCUUCCCAAAGAUAAACACGGCGUUCCUUGUUUUGAGCCAGUUCUGCAGUUGCUGCUGUACCAGGAACGUGAUUGUUGAUUAGCUUUGAAGAGGCCAGUCCCUGUGCCCAGAGUGUGCUUUGUGCUGACGUGGGGGCAGAUGCAGGCUGUCCACCAGCCCGGCCUUGACCUGGGUUCGCAUUCUCCCUCUGCUCUGUGACCUGUGAUCCAGGACAACUUGUUGAAUCUCUUCUCUGAGCCUUGGCUUCCUCUUUGAUCUUUUAGGGGGUUCCUACACCUCUUCAGAGCUCCUGAGAAGUACAUGGCCCAGAGCAAGCACGCCGAGGCCCGCGAGCUCAUGUGCUCAGGAGCCCUGCUGUUCUUCAGCCACGGCCAGCAAAACAGUGCGGCUGAUUUGUCCAUGCUGGUCCUGGAGUCGCUGGAAAAGGCAGAGGCCGAGGUGGUCGAUGAGCUGCUGGAAAGUCUGGCCAAGCUGUUCAGUCUGAUGGAUCCCAACUCCCCGGAGCGAGUGGCGUUUGUGUCUCGAGCCCUGAAGUGGUCCAGUGGGGGGUCCGGGAAGCUGGGCCACCCCCGGCUCCACCAGCUGCUGGCCCUCACGCUGUGGAAAGAACAGAACUACUGCGAGUCCCGGUACCACUUCCUGCACUCCAGCGACGGCGAGGGCUGCGCCGACAUGCUGGUGGAGUACUCCACGGCCCGGGGCUUCCGCAGCGAGGUGGACAUGUUCGUGGCCCAGGCUGUCCUCCAGUUUCUCUGUUUAAAAAACAAAAGCAGCGCGUCAGUGGUGUUCACGACGUACACACGGAAACAUCCGUCCAUCGAGAGCGGCCCUCCCUUCGUGCAGCCCCUGCUCAACUUCAUCUGGUUUCUGCUGCUGGCCGUCGAUGGGGGGAAGCUGACGGUGUUCACGGUGCUGUGUGAGCAGUACCAGCCGUCCCUCCGGCGGGACCCCAUGUACAACGAGUACCUCGACCGGAUAGGACAGCUGUUCUUCGGCGUGCCGCCCAAGCAGACGUCUUCCUACGGAGGCUUGCUAGAACUUCCAACCGCAGCGGCGCCAGGUGCGGUGACAGCCGAGUUCACUGCAGCGCGAGGAGGGUUGUACCCUGAGGGCACUGCUUGCCCUUUGUUUGUUGUUCCCCUUUGCGAGUUGGUUUAGGGCACUUUUUAAACUUUGCUUUUCUAUUGACAUGAUAGUUCUUUGGAUAAAAAUUCGGUAAAAAGGAGUGUCCAUCUUGACAAGGCCCACAGCAGUUAACGUUGUUAUGUGUAGCCUUCGGAACUGUAACAUCUGACUUCUGGGUCACUUGCGAGUUAACUUGUGAGCGAGUUACCUGCCGCUCGGCCACCCGUGAUCCUCCCGGGCCCGUCCUGGCGGCCGUGCAGUGUCCCCUCGACGGGCACCUGGGUCUUCUCCCCUCGCGGCCCCAGCAGAAUCCCUGCGUCUCCGGGCGCAGCAGACACAUUUCUGUGGCGAGACCCCUGGAUGGGGCGCCGGGUUUGGGCUCCUGUUGCCUUGCCAGGCCCCGGUCAUGGCGCCACGGGAGGAGGCGGCGUCCGG